GUGACAUCACAAUGUGGCCCCAUUCAGGAUCUCAGGACUGACUGGCCCAUGAGCCCAGUAUAUAAGCUUACCCUCCUAGGGCUGACCUGCAUUUACAGGGCCACCGCAACCCAGAAGAGCUGACCUGGGGCGCUGGCCUGCCAGGCACUCUUGCUGACUGCCAGCCUCUCCAUACAUGUGAAAGUCCAAGUUGUAGUGAUCCACCAAGCCUGCUGGGAACAUCGUAGCUCCAUCCCAGGCCCUGCCAAGAGAAAAGAAGUCUAGAGGUUGGAGCCAGAGGGAUCCAUAGUCCUCCACCUGCAACAGCCCUCAUUAGGGGACACAAGGAACAAACAUUAAGUACCUACUAAGUAUCAGAUCCACUAUCCCUGUCGUUGCUCUUGAUUCCUGCCACCAAGAAGGUGAAAAGAUGGAUCACAUGUCUCCUAGGCUGAGAGCCUUCCUCUCUGAACCCAUCGGAGAAAAGGAUGUUGCCUGGGUGGACGGGAUCAGCCAUGAGCUUGCCAUCAAUUUAGUCACCAAAGGUUUCAACAAGGCCUACAUCCUGUUGGGACAGUUCCUUCUGAUGCACAAGAAUGAAGCCGAAUUUCAGAAGUGGCUCAUUUGUUGUUGUGGUGCCACCGAGAGUGAGGCCCAGGAGAGUUCUCACUGUCUGAAGGAGUGGUGCUCCUGCUUCCUCUAGACACACACCUCCUUGCCCUGAUGCCUGGGUAAAUGGCGCACUCUGCACUGGCACCCA